AUGAGGCAAAACAUCCAGAUCCACGACGAAAACUUGGACCGCCCGCCCAAGGGCAAGCCCUCGGCCCGCCCGCCGGCGCGCGAGGUGUUGCAGGACGUCACCUACCCCAAGAAGCCGUUGGCGCCCGUGAGCGCCAACGCCCCGAAGAAACCCAAGCUCCACGUCUACGACAGCCUGAGCCAGUUCAAGAAACCCCGCCUUGACAAAGUGCGGAGCCAGGCCGACGACGACAAGGAGAACCGCCCCGUGCUGGAGGAAGACAUCGUCAUUCGCAGUCACUUUGACGAGCUUAAUGUCGACGCCGAGUUGACCGAGGACACCAAGAGCGACGCCGCCGAGGACGACGACGACGACGACGACGCCGCCGACGAGUUCGUCAACAACCUGGACUACGACGGCGCCGACACGGCGCCGCGGGGCGCCGCCAACGUCCCGAUGACGCCGCGGUGGGACCGCAAAGUCUACGAUGAAUUGCAGUACGUGAGACACAAGUACCAGCGGGCGACGUUAGAUGAAAACGACGAGGACACCUACGACGUGACCAUGGUCGCCGAGUACGCCCCGGAGAUCUUCAACUACAUGCACGAGCUCGAAGGGCGCUUGCUGCCCGACCCCCACUACAUGGACCACCAAAAUGAGCUCAAAUGGGACAUGCGGCGCGUGCUCAUCGACUGGGUGGUCCAGGUGCACUUGCGGUUCAACUUGUUGCCCGAGACGCUCUUCUUGACCGUCAACUACAUCGACCGCUUCCUCCUGCGCCGCAAGGUGCUGUUGCUGAAGUUCCAGCUCGUGGGCGCCGUCGCCCUCUUCAUCGCCGCCAAGUACGAGGAGAUCAACUGUCCCACCGUCCAGGAGGUCGCCUACAUGGCCGACAACGCCUACAGCGUCGACGAGUUCCUCAAGGCGGAGCGGUUCAUGAUCUCGGUGCUUGACUUCGACAUGGGGUGGCCGGGGCCGAUGCUGUUUUUGCGCCGCACCUCGAAGGCCGACGACUACGACUACGAGACGCGCACGUUGGCGAAGUAUUUCCUCGAAAUCACCAUCGUCGACCUGCGGUUCGUGGCGCUGCCGCCGCUGUGGCUCGCCGCUGGCGCCCACUACCUCCUGCGCCGCUUGCUCCAGAAGGGCGAGUGGACGGAAUUGCACGUUUUCUACCUGGGGUACACCGAGGCCCAGUUGCGCCCGCUCGCCGAGGCGCUCAUCAACGCCUGCCAGCACCCCGAGGUCCACCACAAGGCCAUCUACGAGAAGUACCAGGAGCGCCGCUACCGCCGGCUGUCGGCGUACGUCCAGGAGUACCUCCAGUCGCUCGCUUAG